AUGGCCGUCCUUCACCUCGGGUGGUUGGUCGCCGCCUCGGCAUGGCUCCCCGCCGUGUCCGCCGACCUGGGCCGGGAGCAACCUAUCCCAGGAGGCCCCGUCCAGACAUUGGCGGCCGACCUGAGGGAGCCUCGUCUGAACGCCCUCCCGCCUGUUGUGACGGCUCGUGCCGUCCCCAUGGCAUUGCAGAAGCGCGCUAUCAAGACAUGCGGCUACGUCGACGGAGAUCAAUUCAACUCUUACGCCUGUGCACACUCAGCGGCAGAAUGCAUCCACAACACGGAAGCCUCUGCUGUAGGCUGCUGUGCGACCGAAUCGUGUCUGAUCUGGACGGCCUGUCUCCCCUCUCUCUCGUCCGCCGCCACUCGGACCAUGGACGCGGACAGGACGCGGUAUUGCUCCGACUCCAAGUCGCCGUCGUGCGCCACCCUAAUCUAUGCCGACCCAACCAACACCUACCUGUCCGGCUACACCAUCCCAAUAUGCGACACCGUCGCCACGACGUACAAGAUCUACUGGAGCCCGACCGGCGUAACGUCGAAAACAACAGAGUCCUCUACAGCACGGACGACCACCGAGUCGGAGACGUCAGAGACUUCAGACUCCAAGACAUCCUCGUCUUCCCGCGAGUCCACCGGGACGCGGGCGACCGCCACCUCCACCUCGACCAAUGACCCAGCACCUUCCGUGGCUUCCUCUGAGUCUUCUACUCCUGUCGGGCCUAUUGUCGGUGGUGUUGUCGGAGGCAGACUCAUGAAUCCUCCAGCUGCCCUUGGCCUGCUCGGCCUCGCAAUCUUCUUCCUCAUCCGGCGCAAGAACAAGAAUGACCCUCCCUCGCCGCCCGCCAACCCGGCCGCGGUCGCGGCAUCCGGCUUUAUGCCGCCCCCGGGACAAGGCCCUUACCCGAACCCGACGCCCCCUCCCAACAUGGCGGGCAUGCCCCACUCCCCCGGCUCCUUUGAUCCGCGCUACAGCAUGAUGAAGCCGGCGGGAGCGACGGCCGUCGAUUCGAUGCAGGGUCCGCCGCAUGCAGCCAGCGGCGACUUCCGCGCCAGCGACGUCUCGCCGGGGAGCAGCCCGUCGCCGGUCUAUCACCCCCAGAUGCAGUCCAUGGGUGCCGUCCCCUCGGCAGACGGGAUGAGAAUGAACAUGGGCACGCCGCCGCCUGCUCAGCAUAUGGGCAUGGGCACGCCCCUUCCCCCGCAGAAUGGUCCGUAUGUCCCGUACCCGGGCCCCCAGGUGCAGCACCACCAGCAGCAGCAGCAUGGACAUGGAGCGGUGGAGUUGCCUACGCAGCGCGGUGAUGGGGAGGUGCAUGAGCUGUCGUAG